AUGGGCGAAUCAAGAUGGAUGAAACAGACAAAUUCUAAAAUUAGGAUUGGCCCAGAAUACCAAGCAGUAUUACCAGAUCUGUCAGUUCCCGAAAAAGAUCCUAAAAAUAAACAAAAUGACUCAAAAACGCCAGAUAUAACUAUCCCGUCUUCUUCCAGUAAUAUUACCAAAAUUAAAAGCAAUAGUCAACAGAACCAUGGACCAAAAAGCAAUGCUCAAAGCUCAGUUAACAAUAAGUCAGCUAGAUCUGAAAAAGAGUCACCACAACUCAAUAAAAUCUCAACUUCUGAAUUGAGCAACAAGCCAAAGAGCUCUGUCAAAACUCAGAAAGCAAUAUCAAAAGCCAAAACUAGUAACAAAAGUAGUUCAAGAACUUCUAAGUGA